AUGGGCAUCCAUGCUGUUAGCGUCAUGCUAGAGGCUAUCGAUAGAGAUGCUCAACAUGCUACUAUCGCCAAGUUCAUUCAAAAUGAACUUGACGCAGAGCGCGAGAAAGUAGCCUUGCUUCACCAAAAAGGUUCUCAACAAGCAGAGUUGUUGAGAGAACAGGGUGUUCAACAGUUUGAACUGCUGAGACAGCAGCAGGCUGCUGCUGGUGGGUCGAUGCACUCGCAUCGACCCGAGACUUUGAAGAUUGACAUCUCCAAGUAUAGGGGAGUCGAAGAGGACUCCCUCUUGAGAUAG